AUGGCGGUGCGCUGCUGGGAGCGGAUCUUCAGCGAGCUGAUCACCGGGAUGCGGGCCAAAGUCCCUCUGGGGUAUAGACGGCAUUGCGGUUGCUCCUUCUCACCAGAUGUGACCACGCGCAGCGUUUUGGCCACCCCGGCCCAGGGAGCCCCCAGGCACACGAAAGCCUUGAUGUAUUUGUCUUUCCAGGCCUGUGGCUGCUGGUUGAGGAAGUACAGGGUGUACAUGUUCCCCAUGCUGUGA